AUGUUUUCGUCAAAUAAACGAAAAUCAAUUUCAUCUAAGUCUGCUAUAGCUCCUCAGGUGCGAAAUAACAAUCCUUCCGCGAGAACAACCACUGCCACUACUACUAAAGCUCCAUCCUUAAAUGCUUCUAAACAAGAGCCGAUAGCAGAUGAUUUCAAACCAUCAGACCAUAAGAAUUUCGAUCGUGAUCUGCUUAAACCUCAAGAUCAUACCAAAGAUUGUCCUAGUUCAUCGACUUUAAAGUCUUCUAGGAACUCGUUGGAUGAAAAGAACAAUUUAUCAUUGAAAUCAAAAUUAUCAACUAUAAAUAAUAGUUUCAUUCCUCCCAAACCUCCCAAACCUCCCAAAACUACAAAACCUACAAAACCCUCAUCGUUACCAAUAAAGGUUAAUCAAUCAAAUCACAACGAAUCCUCUUUAAAUUUAAAAAAUGAUCCAAUAAUUUCCUCAUCAACAAAACCCCCCAUAUCCUCACAUGCUGAGAGUAAAUCUCGAAGUAAUAGAAGUUCUGCCAUAUAUAGUUCUAAUAUCACUUCAGAGCCUAAAAGCAGUAGUUCUAUUAUCGGAGAGAGUCCUACUAAAAUAUCUCAAAAGCAUAAACGCACGGGAUCUGCUCCUAUUUUAAAUACUCCAUCUAUGUCAAUGAUUAAUAAUUUAAAUAAAAUAAUUUCAUCAAAGUCAAUGGUGAAUUUAAAUGAUGAAUUUGAAGCUAAAGUUGAUAGGGAGACUCCGAAACAAUAUCUUGAAAGAAUGAUGUAUAGUGUUUCAAGAUCAAAGUUGGAUAUUGUUCCUACGGAAAAUCCGUAUUCUUAUAUGGGAACCCUACCAGCUUUAGAUAUCACAGAUCUUCAUCGUGUAUUUUCUACAUCUAAUACAAUUCGAAUUACCGGUGUUAAAAACAGACGUAAAAGUCAUACAUUUAAAGGUACCUCUAGUCCUUUUCAAUCAACUGAUGAUGAUGGUACUUUUCUUCUAAAUAUAACCAAAUGUGGUAAACUUGGAAGAAAGAUUGAUUUAAUUGAUGCAGAUUCGGUGGCAGUUUAUGAUAAAAAUUAUAAGAAACAUAAAAACGUUUUUCGUUUAGUAUGUCCAAAAGGACAUCAAUAUUUAUUUAAAGCUGAAAAUGAAGAUGAAAUGAAUGAUUGGAUAUCAAAGAUCAAUUAUGCUGCCACAUUUAAAACUGCUGGAUUAAAAAUGAGAAAUAUUCGAAAUCAGAAUAUUGGUCACCUAAGACGAAGUCUUGGAAUGGGUUUGCUUGGGUACAGUCUUGAUGAUGCUGCAAAAGAAGCUCAAGGACGUACUAACUUGAUUCAUCGUAUAUUAAAAGUUGCAACUUUAGUAGCCUCUCGAUUAAAACAUACAUGUUUGGAAUUAAGUAAAUUAUUAUGUUAUCAUGAAAUUUUGGAAAAGGAUUUAUGUUCAACGGUAAUGGAGGAUAAAACUUAUUGGCAAAAUCGAAGAAGUUAUUUUACACCUGGUGAUAAUGAUAUGGAUGAUAAUGUAUCAUCUACUGAUACAAUAACAAAUUUUUCAUCAAAACAUUCAAAAAGUCAUGAAAUGUUUGGCAAAUUAUUUAUUAAAGAACCAAUUAAUAGUAAUAAUAAAUUACUCGAACCAUUUGAAAGAAAUUCGGAAACUACUACAAGACCUGCUACUAUGGGUUCUUUACUUCGUGCUUCCGCAUCAACUUUAUCUUUAAAUUCAAGUUCUGGUGAAUCUAGUAGAACUUCCCUUUCAACUUAUGGUGAUAAUGAAGAAGGUUUUGAUUUUCAUGGAAAUGUUUCUGAAUAUGAACUUGAUGAGCGUGAUGAUUGUAGUUUUAGAGAUGAUGCUAGUAGUAUAAUUGCUCUUGAUGAUGUAAAAGAACAAUUAUCAUCGGUAAAUGAAAAUGGAUGUGAAAAUGAUGAUUAUAAUAAUACAAGUUUACUUGAUGUUGAAUCUGAUUUUGGUGGAAAACGUUCGGAUGGAAUUGAAAUAUGCGUAACAGAGUUUACUGAAGUUACAUCUGAACAUGAAGAUGAUUCUAAUAGUCAAUUUAAAAUUCCACGAAUUCAAUCAGAUCUGAAACUUAAGAGUAGACAAGAUGAAAAAACAAUCAUGAAUCCAGAUUUAGAAAUAAUGUCAAAUAAUAUAACGGUACCUGUUCUUGUUAUAUCUAAAGCUGAUGAUGGAUUGGAAUCGGGAGAGAAAACAAGUUUAAGUGAUGAUCUUAGUGACUACUUUGUUGAUGCCGAGGAAUGGA